AUGUCUAAUAAUAUUCUAUUCAUCACUGGUCAUCCUUCCUUUUCCAACCCUAAUAUUGAUUUGAAAAAAUCAAAACACCUAAAAGUUAGAACUUAUGAUGAUUAUGAAAUUUCCGUUCCUCGAGAUGAAAUUGAUUUUAACGACAAUUUAAAAACUUUGAUAGAAUUUAAUCCUGAUUAUGUGUUAAUUACAUUUAAAGAAAAUCUGAUUAUUGAAGCAUUACAAAAGGUUGCGGAAUUGGAUGGAAAGACAGUGAUUGUAACAACCAAUGGUUAUAAUGCGCCAGAAUUUGUAAGAGUAGCUUUACCAAACACAAAAGUUAUUGAAGGUAUCAUUAUGCAAUCUAUCUCGACUGUGGAAAACUCCAUAAAUUCUGAAUUCAUUCAAGAAUGUGAAGGCUGCAUAUAUCUUCAGUCAUCUGUUGAAACACCUUUAAUUCAUCAAAUUCUUCAACAAUCAAUGCUCACCACUCACACUUGUAAUAACGUAAAAAGUCUUAUUUACGGUAAACUCUUAUUGAGUCUUGCUCAUCCUCUAGUGGCUCUAAGUGAUCAAUCCUUACAAAAACUUAUUCAAAAUAAAAAUUGGAGAAGAUUAUUAGCACUUUUAAUGUGGGAAGCUUUAAAGGUGUUCAAUAAUAAUGGAAUUGUUCCUUCAGUAUUAUCCCAUUUGAAUAUUUGUAAUUUGGAACUUUCUACUUUAAACAGUUCUCUUCCCUUGUACUUAACACCUUAUCUAUUGUUAACUCCUAAUUGGAUAUUAAAGCCAAUGUUAAAUAAUUUUUAUGAUUUUUUAAAUGUUGAAUCACAUCCUGUAUUAAAAAUGUCUGAUGAUUUCAAAAGCGGACGUAAAACCGAAAUCGAAGAAUUACAAGGUGAAAUAAUUAAAUUGGCGAAUAACAAUAAAUUAAUUAAACCCAAAUAUAAUGAAGGAAUUUACCAAUUGGUUAAAUUGGUGGAAAAAUCAAUGUUUGAUACUCAAGAAGGUUGGAAGAUUGCUUUCACUUAUGAGGAAGUUAUGGCUUAUAUUGAUCAUGGUGAAAUAUCAAAAGUUUUAUUUUAA